CAUCCGUCAGAUUAGAUUUCAUUAAAAUUCCUUUAUCCUAUAUAGUUUCAUAACAUGCCAUUCAGAUUCUUAUCGAAGCAUCAACAGUAGGGUUUCAACUACGAGUGUUUGUUGUGGAUCAUUAUGCUCCAAUCCUUUAAGAACCCAUUACCAUUUAAUUAGAAAUUACCACAACCUCACUAUGCCUGUAUUACGUUUCCGUUUUGGAUAGUUUUAACAAUCAAGCAAAGAUUUCUAUCUCCAAUAUUCAUCUCUCUCUCUCUCUCUCUCUCUCUCUAUAAAUAUAGCUACAUAAGGGGGGAAGUGAGCAAGGAGCGUACGGUUUCUGUUCUGAACUCUGCAAAGUUGAGUAGCCAAGGAGAGAAAAUAUGGAGAGCAGUCUACUGUGGGUGGUUCUAACUGUUUUGUUUGGUGGGUUAGUUGCGUUUUAUGGGCUGCUCAAGAAUGUAAAUUUCUGGUUGUAUGAAUCCAAACUCGGUGAGAAACGAUUCAAUCUCCCUCCAGGCGAUAUGGGUUGGCCUUUGAUCGGCAAUAUGUGGACUUUCCUCGGAGCUUUCAAGUCCAAUGAACCAGAUUCCUUCUUCGCAAGCUAUUACAAGAAAUUUGGUCGAUCACCUGGAGUUUACAAAGCCUUUAUGUUCGGAAACCCAUCUAUCAUGGUUACAGCACCUGAACCUGCAAAGCAAGUGUUGAUGGAUGAUGAAAAUUUUGGAACUGGUUGGCCGAAAUCCACUCUUGAACUGAUAGGGAAGAAAUCCUUUAUUGGCAUCUCUGAUGAAGAACAUAGGCGUCUCCGGAAAUUGACAGCAGCUCCGGUCAAUGGCCAUGAAGCAUUAUCUAUAUACAUGAAGUUUAUCGGAAAAACUGCAGUAUCCACACUGGAUAAAUGGUCUAAAAUGGGUGAAAUUGAGUUCUUGACAGAGCUAAGGAGGUUCACUUUCAGGAUCAUCAUGCACAUUUUCCUCAGUUGUGAGGAUGAACAAGUACUGGAAGCUCUGGAGAAGGAAUAUACAGCUCUCAAUUAUGGAGUUAGAGCCAUGACCAUUAAUGUACCUGGAUUCGCAUAUCAUAGAGCGCUUAAGGCUCGAAAAAACUUGGUAGCCACUUUCCAAUCUACUGUGACAGAAAGAAGGCAGAGGAAAGCUGCUGGUAUUGUUGCACCUACCAAUAAGAGGAAAGACCUGAUGGAUAAUCUGCUGGAGGUCAAAGAUGAAAAGGGUAAAGAAUUGAGUGAUGAGGAGAUCAUUGAUGUUCUUCUCAUGUACUUAAAUGCUGGCCAUGAAUCUUCCGGCCACAUCACAAUGUGGGCUACUCUCUUCCUACAACACCAUCCAGAAGUCUUCAAGAAAGCCAAGGCAGAGCAAGAGGAGGUUGUAAAGAAUAGACUAGCUGACCCGAAUGAAUUAACACUUCGGGAAUUGAGACAGAUGGAUUAUCUUGGAAAGGUGGUCGAUGAAACUUUGCGUAUCAUUAAUAUCUCACUAGUGGUUUUUCGAGAAGCUAGAAAAGAUAUGAAUCUAAGUGGUUAUCUUGUACCAAAAGGAUGGAAAGUUUUGAUCUGGUUCAGAACUGUUAAUCUAGAUCCUGAAAUUUACCCAAAUCCAAAGGAAUUCAAUCCAUCCAGAUGGGAUAAUUACAUACCAAAACCAGGAACUUUCCUUCCUUUUGGAGCAGGAGCCAGACUGUGCCCUGGAAAUGAUCUUGCCAAACUAGAGAUAAUGAUUUUUCUCCACCAUUUUCUCCUCAAUUAUAAGCUUGAACAGCUUAACCCAGGAUGUUCAUUGAAGUAUUUACCUCAUACAAGGCCCAUGGACAAUUGCCGAGCAAGAAUCAAGAAGGUCUCAUCGAUAGGCAUGUGAACUACUUGAACAGCUUAACCCAGGAUGUUCACUGAAGGACUUACCUCAUACAAGGCCCAUGGACAAUUGCCGAGCAAGAAUUAAGAAGGUCUCAUCAAUAGGCGUGUGAAUCGAAAGAUUUUAUACCAUCCUAUCAAGACAGUGCUACUUUUAUAUCGUGAAUAAAGAAGUUGUAAACAUUUUAUUAUCGUCAUCAGAUGCAUGCAAUUAUAUAGAGUAUGUGGAUUAUGGAAAGAAGGAAUAAAUUAAUUA